UGCAGGUAUGGAAGUAGUGAUACAAACAUGUAUUUAUUGAGCUGAUCUCUGUUUUAGUAUCUGAAUCAUUCGUAUCUGAGUAAAAUCUGUUUAUUCUCCAGGUGUGUUUGGUGAGUCAGUGUCAGUGAUGGAGGGAGAUUCUGCCACUCUAAACACUGAUCUUACUGAAAUACGUGAAGAUGACAUACUGUGGAAAUUUGGAGUUAAAAACUCUCUAAUAGCUCAAAUCAACAGAAAUAAUCAAACCAUUCUCACAUAUGAUGAUGGUGCGGAUGAUAGAUUCAGAGACAGACUGAAAGUGGAUCAUCAAACUGGAUCUCUGACAAUCACAGACAUCACAACUGAACACGCUGGACUCUAUACACUAGACAUAAUUGGUGUCAAAUCAAAAACAUUCAGUGUUUCUGUCUAUGCUCAUCUGCCUGUUCCUGUCACGAGAAGGGACUGUACAUCAUCUUCUUCAUCACAGCAGAAUUGUUCACUGUUGUGUUCAGUGGUGAAUGUGGGUCAUGUGACUCUCUCCUGGUACAAAGGAAACAGUUUAUUGUCCAGCAUCAGUGUGUCUGAUCUCAGCAUCAGUCUCUCUCUACCUCUGGAGGUGGAAUAUCAGGAGAAAAACAGCUACAGCUGUGUGAUCAACAAUCCCAUCACAAACCAGACCACACAUCUGGACAUCAGCAAACUAUGUCACACAUGUUCAGGUUUUGGAUCUCUGAUAUUUCGGAUCUGUAUUGCUGGAUCUCUGUUGAUUGUAGCUGCAGUCGGGAUGUUCUGCUGGAAACGCAGAAAAACUAAUCAAAAAGUUCAGACUCGUACAGAAGAGAUCACUUACAUUGAUCCGAUAUUCCACAAAAGAAAUGCACAGAAAUCGCAUGUUAAAAAGGGUGAUCAUGUGGACUAUGCACCUGUUGUCAUGAGAAAAUGA